UUCUGUUUUUCUUUGCAGUCGGCUUUUAUCGCGUUUUAUUUAUAUUGUGUUUCGUACGUGCAGUUAAGUAAUUCUUUUAAAGUGCUACAAUGGCUCGUCAGUUAACUAAAUUAGGCUUCUUGGACGUGAAAAAGACUCUAUUCCUGCUAUGUGACUUGCAGGAAAUGUUCAGACCGGGUAUGAAGAUGUUCGAUCCGGUUGUUAAAAAUGCAAGCAAAUUGGUUCAGGCAGGCAAAAUGCUGGACAUCCCUCUGAUUGUAACCGAACACUAUCCGGAGAAGUUGGGACACAUUGUCAAGGAACUAGAUAUUUCGCAUGCCAAGGGCGUUUACCCGAAAACCCUGUUCAGUAUGAUGAUUCCGGAAGUCCAAGCGAAAAUGAACGAUCUCUUCGGUGCGGAGUUGGAAACAGUGGUCUUGUUUGGGCUGGAGUCACACAUCUGCCUCGAGCAAACUGCGAUGGAUUUGCUGAAAACUGGACUCACCGUGCACGUUGCAGCCGAUUGUUCACUGUCGCGAACCCAGGAAGACCGGAAACUGGCGCUUGAACGUCUGCAGCAGAUCGGGUGCUUUGUUACGACUAGCGAGAACGUUAUAUUCAAACUUAUGAGGGAUAAGAAACAUCCCGCGUUCGACAAAGUGCCACACCUGGUUCGCGAACCGUCGGUUGACAGUGGGCUUUCUAAGCUGUAAUAUUCAAUCCUUGGCUGUUCUUAGGCGUGGUUUGACCUAAUUUUUUUAGGGUAUUAAAAAACCUUACAUUUAAGAAAUGAAACAGUUAUGUAACCAUGCCUUGAAAAGUGAAGGACUGUAACUGUAGAAGAACUGUUGCAAUGUUUAUGGAAUUUUCAAGAGUCAUCGUAAUCUAGAAUAAUCAAUGUGUUUUGGGUUUUGUUGUAAUUGUUAUAGAAGUUUGACCUUGAUUUUGUAUUAGCCAUAAAGAACUAACGAUUUACAUGUCUGAAUUAAAUUCUGUUGAAUCGAUAUUAAAAAAACACACAAUCAAUAAUAUAGGUGGUAGAAAAUAAAUGAACUUUUGAAUUCAA